AGGGAGGAGGGGAAGUUAAGGGCACAAUAACAAAGUGGGAAGGGCUCUCAAUAUAAAUGAAGAACUUUUGAGUGAGGCUUUUGAAAUUUUUGACCCCAUUUUCACUUGAGCCUGUUAUGUGACACACCAUGUAGAGUUCCCAGUGCAGGAUUUUCGGGAAUUGUACGAGCAUUUUUUUGUUGUCGCAAGAUUUGUGGAUUCGUCGAUUGUUUAGCUAUGGAGUUGUGCGCCGGCAGGUGUUUGAGAGCAAUUUGGCUUCUGCUUCAUCUGACAGCAUGCGUGGCAAGUAUGACGGGGCGAUGCAGCCUCUUUGGACGGCACCACGUUCACACUUUCGACGGGGUUUUGUACCAAUUUCCCGGAGACUGCAGCUACCUGCUGGCUGGGGACUGCAAACGUCGCUCCUUCACGCUGCUGGGUGAUUUUGUCGGCGGCAAAAGAACCGGAGUCACGCUCUUCCUCGGGGAUGUCUUUGAGUUGCAUCUGUCGGUCGACGGGAGAUUAUCACAGGGAGAAACCAGACUUUCUCUGCCGUACGCGUCGCACUCGGUGUUUGCUGGCCAGGAGCUGGGGUUCUACAAACUGUGGAGCGAGGAGUUUGGCUUCACGUUGAUCAUCGAUACCGCGACCAACGUCGCCUUGACGCUCACCGAACAACACGCCAACCACACCUGCGGCCUCUGUGGUAACUUCAACGCGGCGGUGGCUGAUGAAUACACCGCUCAAGAAGGAUUCCUCACAGCGGAUAGCUACGACUUUGCCAAUUCGUGGGCGGUAAAGGGGGCAGGUCAAGUCUGCAGACGGGUUUCGACUCCCAGUCUGUCCUGCAACAGCUCCAAAGACACUUCGGAGAUUCUGUCCAGUUGCAGCUUGUUGCAAACAUCAGCCGUGUUCCUGCACUGCGCUCACUUGGUACCACCCGAGGCCUUCUUGUCCCUGUGCCAGGAGGAGGCGUGCCACUGCGGCCAGGGAGACACCGAAGACUGCUACUGUCCGGUCCUUCUCGAGUACGCCCGCACGUGUCACGCCCAUGGGAUGCUUUUACGGGGGUGGCAGCAGGAGAGCGAAUGCUUCCCCAAAUGUCCCAUCGGAAUGCACUACAGCGAAUGCACCAAGUCCUGCUCCACCACCUGCCAUAGUCUCAACAUCCAGGAGAUCUGCAAGGAGGACUGUGUGGAUGGAUGCACGUGCCCCGCGGGUAAAGUGUUGGAUGGAAACCGCUGCGUGGAGGUGUCUCAGUGUUCCUGCGUCCACAUGGGGCGACAAUUCCCUCCGGGUUCCACCAUCUCUCAAGACUGCAACACCUGCGUGUGCCGACACGGGUCGUGGGAAUGCACCAACGAAGGUUGCCCCGGUGAAUGUCUGGUGGUGGGUCAGUCCCACUUCAAGACCUUUGACAACAAAUUCUUCACCUUCACCGGCCCGUGUCACUACCUGCUGGCCGCAGACUGUGCCGAGCAAGACUUCUCUGUCAUUAUUGAGAAUGUGCAGUGCGCAGAUGAUCAGGAGGCUGUGUGUACGCGUUCUGUGACUCUCACUCUGCCUUCCCUGGAGGACAUGACAGUAAAGCUGAAGCACGGAGGAAUGGUUUCUGUCAACGGCAUGGACAUCCAAACCCCAAUGCAUCACGGUCACUUGCACAUCCAGAGAUCUGUCCAGUCAUCCGUGCUCCUCAAGUAUGGAGAUAAUCUGCGUCUUGACUGGGAUGGGAGGGGCCGAGUGCUCUUAAAGCUGGGCCCACGCUGGGCGGGACAGACUUGCGGUUUGUGCGGUAACUACAACGGUAACCAAGGCGAUGAUUUCUUGUCCACAUCCGGCCUGGUUGAGGCGGGCCCGCUAGCGUUUGGUCAGUCAUGGAGAAUCAACAGCGACUGCAAGUCAGCCCACAAAGUUGUGGCAGAUCCCUGUGGUGUCAACCCCAAAAGAGUUCGUUUUGCAGAAGAAGGCUGCUCAAUGCUGAUGUCAGAUGUCUUCAGCCCGUGCCACUUCCUGGUUAAUCCAGCUCCUUUCCAGAAGUUCUGUCGUUAUGACGUUUGCUCAUGUGUGGACGGCGACCAGUGCCUCUGCUCCGCCUUGGCCUCCUAUGCGGCUGCCUGCGCAGCCAAAGGGGCGCUGCUCCAUUGGCGUUCUCCGUCCCUCUGCCAGAUGGAGUGCACCAGCGGCCGAGUGUACGAAGCUUGCGGCAGCGUGUGCGACCGCACUUGCCGCUCCUUAUCCGGAGCAGAGGGUGGAUGCGGAGGGGAGAGAGUGUGCGAGGAGGGUUGUUUUUGCCCAGCUGGAAAGUACCUGAGCGACUCCGGAGAGUGUGUGACGGCGGACCAGUGCACGUGCCUGCAUGACGGGCAGCUGUACCAGCCCAAUGACGUCUACGCCGAUCACAACAGCAUUUGUUACUGCGAGAAUGGAUCCAUGCGCUGCAGCUCUGCAGAAAGGAGCACUUCGCUGUCUGAUCUCUUCUACGACGACGACGACUUGGCACCCUCCAGAGAGAGGCGCUCUACAACAUGUCAGCCUCCACUAGUCCACGCAAAGUGUGACGCAGGUGAAAAAGGCCUGGAAUGCGCCAGAAACUGCCAGAAUGCAAACCUCCCCUGUGGCUCACUUGCUUGUAUCCCCGGCUGCCUCUGUCCACCCGGCACAGUACGCCACGGUGAAGGCUGUAUUGUGCCAGAGGAGUGUCCUUGUUACCAUAACUACAAGCCUUAUGAGUCGGGACAAAUCAUACCGGUGGACUGCAACACCUGCGUAUGCGAGAAGAGGAUAUGGCGCUGCACCAAGAAGUUUUGUGACGGCGUGUGCCGCACCGUCGGAGAGGCCCAUUACAUCACCUUUGAUGGCCUUAAGUACUCCUUUCCCGGUCUCUGUCAGUAUGUCCUGGUCCAGGACAAUUGUAAUGGAGAUGAGGGGACCUUCAGAGUGCUUGUGGAGAAUGAAGCCUGUGGCAUUGUGGGACAUCGCUGUGCCAAGUCUGUGUCGGUCUACUACCAAGGAGGAUUGAUUGUGAUGCAGAAUGGCGAGGUGCGGAUGAAGACCCCAGUACCACAGAGCGCGCAGGUGGAGAUCAUCCGAUCGGGUCAAUUCUACACCCUCCUGCUGGGCAAACAUAUUUCUCUUAGCUGGGACAAGGCAACCCACCUUCUGGUCCACAUAUCGGCAGAAUACAGGAACCGGGUGUGUGGUCUGUGCGGUAACUUUGAUGGAAACGUGAAUAAUGACCUGGUCAGCAGUAACAAUCAGCUGGAGCUGGAUUCUUUGCACUUUGGGAAUUCUUGGAAGGUUGCGCCCAGCUGUGCUGAUGUCACACAGGUACCUGUUCGAUGCGCCGACAACAUCGUCAGACUGUUAACAGUUGAGCAGUCAUGCCGCGUGCUCACCGGCCCCAUUUUUAAAGAGUGCAACAGUCAGGUGGAUGCCGAACCAUACGUAAAGAUGUGCGCCGAGGCGGCGUGCACUUGUCCGUCCGUGGGCGACUGCACUUGUUUUUGCGACGUCAUUGCAGCCUACGCUCAAGCUUGUUCGCAGAACGGCGUACCCGUCAACUGGAGAUCCAAUGAGCUUUGCCCGAUGAGCUGUGAGGGGUUGAACCCGAAGAACCCGGCUACAGGAGAGGAGUUAUGCCAGUGGAGGUACAACACUUGCGGCCCCGCCUGUCCUGUCACCUGCCAGCACCCCGAUCCUCUCCAAUGCACCCUCAAAUGUGUGGAAGGAUGUCAUGCAAACUGCCCUCCAGGCCAGUUGUUGGAUGAGGUGGCCAUGAAGUGUGUUGAGCCCACUCAGUGUCAAGUUUGCGUCCAUGAGGGUCAGAGAAUCUCCCACGGCAACAAAGUCAUCAUCGGCCGCCAUGAUCCCUCCCACUGCAAAAUAUGUCACUGCGAAAACAACACGCUAACCUGCGAGGCUUGCACUUUAAGCACCGUCACACCAACCCUUCCCUCCGCCAUGUUUACGACCAUCCCAAUGACCACCAUGAUGCCCGAGGGGACGUGCGACCGCGCCAUGGAUCUGGUUUUCCUGCUGGACGCCUCCACCGCACUGAGCGAAACCGAGUUUCAGACCACGAAAGAAUUUAUACUGGGAGUAGUGGAGCCCUUCCGCUUGGGCUCGGCUCACACUCGAGCUGCCGUGCUGCUUUACCACUCUCGAGUCAAAACGUAUGAUUUACAGGUUCAGAAGUGGCUGUUUAAGAAGACCGUGCACGAACUGCACUACGCCGGAGGUGACGUCGCCUACUUGGACGAGGCCAUUAAAUAUCUCUCUUACAACAUCUAUGACAAGAAAAUACGAGAGCACGCCGGCCGCGUGGCCAUCAUCCUGACGGCCAGCACCAAUCCUCAGCCCCUGCGGCCAUUCAUCAACAUGCUCCGCAAAAGGAGCAUCACCACGCUGACCGUGGCCCUCGGUCCCGGCGUGAGCAUGGCGCAGAUUAACGACAUCACAAAGGCUCUCCCAGCGAACAGGGCCUACGUGCUGAGUAGCACUGCCGAGCUCCCCGAUCGCCUUUUAGAAUUGACCGACUAUCUUUGCACUUUGGGGUUGGAGCCAAAACCCAGCACGACCACCACUACUCGCUCUCCUCGACCGGAACCCAUCCCUACCAAACACCUCACCACCGUCCCUUCCAUCCUGUCUCCAAAAACCACCACAGCGCCCUCUUCUCGACCACCGAGCAAGGAAGUGGCGUUCGUCAUCGAAGGCUCCAAUUCAGUCGGCGAGGCCAACUUUAAUAAAUCCCUCCUGUUCCUGGAGAACGUUAUAACGCAGAUGUCUGAGAACGAGGAGUUCAUCCGCAUCACGGUGAUCCAAUACUCAGUCACAGUGACCGUGGAGAUCCGCCGCUGGGAUUUGAGAUACCAGAGGAUGCUGCUGCUACAGCGUCUCAGGGAGAUUCGUUGGCGGGGCGGAAGCAAGACAAACACCGGCGCCGCCGUGGCAACUGUCUUUAGCGACACCCCCACCGUCCCGCCUCCACGCGGUCCCGCCCCACCGCAGCUGGUCUUCCUGGUGACGGAAAACCCGCCCACAGACACGGUGACGCGCCCGUCGAUCACCAGCACCCAGACACACGUGUAUCCCAUCGGAGUCGGCUCCAAGGUACGGGAGGUGGACUUGUUCCCUUUCAGUUCGCCGCGGCGUCCCAUAAUGGUGGAGGACUACACGCAACUCAAAAAACUGGUCCACCGUGUUGUGAACAUCACACGCACCACAGUCACGCCACGCUUCCCCACACUGGUACCUGUGGUCCACCCAACGCUCGCCAGCCUCCCGCCCACAGUGCCCUGCAAGACACCCGUGGACGUGCUUUUCCUGCUGAAGUCCGGAGAACAGUUUGAAGACAUGAAGACUUUUGUGAAAGCCUUCAUCAACACGGUGGAUGUGGGUCCGAAUGGCACUCAGGUGAGCGUGAUUCAGUACGGCGACACCCUCACCACGGAGUUCACCCUGAGCAGGCAACAGAUCAAGUCCCGUCUUCUCGACAUGGUGGACAACAUUCCCGGAAGGAAAACAGCGGCCCCAGCACUCGGCUCGGCACUGCGGUACGCUGUCCAAGAGGCCAUUAAAGGAGGACGAGUCGGCGUGGCCAAGGCUGUGGUGAUGAUCGUGACCGACAAGUCAACCGAUCAGGUCCAAGAAGCGGCCAAUGAGGCACUGGCCGCAGGUGUGUCCGUGUUCCCCGUCGGCGUGGGUCCGGAUUACGAGCAGAACGAGCUGGUCACUGUCGGCCGCAAACAAGACAACAUCUUGCACUUAAAGAGUAUGGAUCAGUUACGGAUGCUGCUGACUUUGGACCGGGGUUACGCAGACAGAAUCUGCAGAGCUGGUCCGCCCGGAGUUUGCGUUGAUGACAGCGGCGCAGAGAGAAAACCCGGAGAGUCAUGGCUACUCGAGGACGGCUGCCAUUCGGUGCUUUGCCAUCCCAGCGGAGCCGUAACCGUGCAGAACCACAAAGUCAGCUGCGAUAGACUGGAGCCGCCGGCGUGCAGGAACAACAUGCUGCCUGUCAAAGUCCAAGAGGCCUGCAGCUGCCAUUGGGAAUGCCCAUGCAUUUGCAUGGGCAGCUCCACCAAUCACGUGGUGCGAUUUGACAGCUUGCCACUCAGGCUGGACGCAGAGGGCCUGUGCUCCUACACCCUCCUCGCUGUCAGCGAAGGUUCGGAGGUCAAGCUCCACAACGGCCCUUGUCAGGACUCGACACAGUUCAACCACGUCUGCAUGAAAGCCAUCGAGGUGACCCACGGGCCGCAAAAACUUCUCCUGAAGGAUGAUAUGACUGCGUUAAUUGGAAGAGAGGAGAUUUCGCUUCCGUGGAGGCGUGAGGGUCUGGAGCUGGUGCGAUUCGGCGGUGUGAUGUUGCAGCUCAAGUCUGACCACGGCUACGUUUUGACGUUCACGCCCCAGAGCAACGAGUUCACCAUCACACUGUAUAAUUCCAGCAUCAGUGGCCACACUGCCGGACUCUGCGGGGCUUGCGGAGAAGAAUCCGCCAACGUUCUCUCCUUGCGUAACGGCAGCCCCACCUCCAACCAGAUGACUUUCAUCUCCGACUGGACGGCGGCCGGUGACACGGGCGUGUGCGUGCCCAGGCGCAAGGUGGUGUGCUCCUCCGGGGCGGCCAUGGGAUGCCAGGCCCUGCGUUCGCAAGUCUUUGAGGCCUGUCACGCGCACAUCCCCGUUCUGAUGUUCCUCACCGAAUGCGAGGAGCAGGCGUGUCAGGAGUCGGACGUGUGCGAGCUCAUUUCGGCAUACGCGCUCUUGUGUAGACAGAGGGGUGUGUGUAUCGAUUGGAGGAGUCCCCAUAUCUGCCCCUUCGAGUGCCCCCCCACCAUGAAGUACAGUGCGUGCCGCACGGGCUGCGUGGAAGACUGUAACAGCGCACCACCGUUGCGAGGGGACUGGUCGGGCGCCGUGGGUUACGGGUCCUCAUGCACAGACACACCCACCGAGGGCUGUUUCUGUCCGAGCGGGACCGUUUUGCAUCGGGGACUGUGUGUGUCACCAGAGAAGUGCAAACAGUGCGUGGACCAUCGUGGACACGCGUAUCAGUAUCUGCAGACUUGGGUACCGGAUGACAACCCGUGUUUGAUUUGCUCGUGUUUGGACCGACAAAACGUCAACUGCACCGCUCGGCCGUGCAACGACCUAAAAGCACCGGUGUGCGGAGCCUGCGAGGUGCUGAAGCUGAAGAGCGAAUCCAAGUGCUGCCCAGAGUAUGAAUGCGCCUGUGAUCUGUCGAGCUGUGAUGUUCCCGAGGCUCCCCGCUGUGAGGAUGGUGAGGUGUUAAUUCUAAAAAACCCAGGAGAAUGUCAAGCCAUACACGAGUGCGUUUGCAAGAAGGGGAAUUGCGCUGUCAGUCCCAUUUUAUGCGGCGCCCAUCGCCGGCUGACAGUCAAAAGAACAAAAUGCUGCGAUGCCUUCGAGUGCUCGUGUAACUGCCAGAACGUCGCCCGCACUUGCCCGCCCGGCUUCAUCACGGCCUCCAAGACGGACGACUGCGGUUGCACCGAGAUAAACUGCCUGCCAGACAAAGUAUGUGUUGUGGGUGACGUGGUCCAUCCGGUCGGCAGCAAGUGGGAUGAGGGAUGUGAGAAAUGCAGCUGCAGCCAACUACAGGACAAGGGCACGUCACUUCACAUCGCUCAGUGCUCCACGCCGGUGUGCCAACGGAACUGCCCGCUGGGUUCAUCAUACACGCAGUCCAGUGGAGAAUGCUGCGGGAAGUGCAGAGCAACUAGUUGUGUGGAGUCGAACGGAGAAUUGCGAGGGGACGCUCUGAUCGGAGGAACGCUUAGACAGGUUGGGGAGCAAUGGCGGUCUCCUCGUGACAAAUGUGUCAUAUUCAAGUGCGUGAGGGUGAACGACGAGGUGUUCAUCUCUUCCGCCAACAUCAGCUGCACCGCCAUGGAAACACCGUCCUGCCCGCUGGGAUCCGAAUUACGCUGCGAUACGCAGGACUGUUGUCCCAGCUGCCGUUGUGCUCCUUUGGAUGUCUGUGUCCUUAACCACACGCUCAUAGGAGCAGGGGAAAUGUUGAUGGCUGACUUGUGCACACAAUGCGAAUGCAUCGUGGAGGGCGGUUUCAUCAAGAAACACAGGCUCUCCUGCUGGACAACCACCUGUACUCCUUGUCCCAUGGGAUACACGGAGCAGAAAGUGGAGGGCGCCUGCUGCGGACGUUGCGUCGCCACAACAUGCCUUUUACAAAUGCCCGAUGGGAAGCAAAUGAGUCUUCUGGUGAACACCACAAAGGAAGAUGGCUGCACCCAGUACGCUUGUGGUAUCAACAGCAAAGGAGACCUGGCCCUUCAAAUCCGAACGACCACCUGCCUGCCUUUCAACCGCCGAUCGUGCCUCGAACAAGGGGGGACUGUGAGCCAGAUUGGAACAACAUGCUGUGAGACGUGUGCAGAGUCAGAAUGCCGGAAGACGGCGGGAAUACUGAACUAUGUCAAAGUAGACGACUGCCAAUCAGAGAAGCAGAUUGACUUGUACUACUGUGAGGGUAAAUGUCGCAGUAAGUCCAUGUACUCCCUCCAGAGGGCCGCGGUGGAGCAAGAGUGUGUGUGUUGUGUCGCCACGGAGACAGAGCCCGUCAGCGUUCCCGUCCUGUGUGCCAACGGAACCCACAGCCACCACACUGUCCUAUCUGUCACCGGGUGCAACUGUCAGUCCAAACAGUGCACCUAGAAGCCACCAGAAGUUGGCUCUGAUCCUUUGCUUGUCUAUAUCCAAGACAAAUGUAUCCACCCGUAUUCAACCACACACCAUUUACAACAAAAAAGUUUUCAUUCUGUUUUGUGUAGGCUGUACAAGUAAAAAGCACUGUAUCAGUACGACAGCGGGGGCCAGCAAGGCCUCUGCUGGCCGAAACACUAUCAGAAGCAAUAACCUAAGUUUACAAUAAAUACCGAUAUGCUAUAUUCCUAAA